AUUACGUUUGUAUUUGAGCAAGUUCUUUCUUAAUUUUUCUACCAUUCAUUUUUGGAAUGGAGUGGUGGUCGUCGACAGAUCUAUUGGCCGAAGUGCCAGUGAUUUUCUUUAAUCUCUAGUGAGUGUCUGCAUUUAAAACUACCAAAAAAGUGUUUUAUUAGCUUCAAUCAACCGUGAACUAGCCAUUAACACUGACGACUCUACCAGUUUCCGUUUGAUUUCAACCAAAAACAGCUUCAUGAGGGGCCACAAGAAGAGAACCUCUUUCUCACAAUGAAGAUGACUUUAUCGUCGACAAAUAAUACAACGAACGAAAAGUUAAGCACACCAACCGAAAACAAACAAGUGAGUCCCAAUACUAGCCCUCGGGCUAGUCCCAGACCCUCCCCGAGGCCCCAAACCAAAAGGGAACAUCCCAAAAGUGAGAUACAUCUCACUGUGAAUUAUAAAGAAAUCCCGGGAAGUAAUAAACACGAUGGCUCCCCUUCUAGUCAGGAAAGUUCAGUGAGUAGUCGUGCCAGUAAUUUGGACAUUAGCCCUCCUUCAAUCUUGAAAGUCGAAAGUACUAGUAGCUCAAAUAAAGAACGUAAAGACCCACGUGGUAAGAAAAAGUCGUCUUGGUUCAAUCCAUUUUACCCAACCUACAAAUCACGAUCAGAGGAUUUUAAAAGAAUUUUUAAGGAUGUACCUGACGAUGAGCGUUUGUUAGUUGAUUAUUCCUGCGCUUUGCAAAAAGAAAUAUUGGCACAAGGUAGACUUUAUGUCACCCAAAAUUAUCUCUGUUUUUACGCAAAUAUUUUGGGAUGGGAGACCACACUUACGUUAAAAUGGAAGGACGUAUCGGCUAUAACGAAAGAAAAAACAGCUAUUGUAAUCCCCAACGCGGUUUUGAUUUGCACAAGGACGGAAAAAUACUUUUUCACCAGUUUUGUAUCACGAGACAAGACGUAUUUGAUGCUGUUUCGAGUAUGGCAAAAUGCGCUCAUGGACCAACCUAUGUCACCGCAAGAAAUGUGGCAAUGGGUGCACCAGUGGUAUGGUGAAGAGUUGGGUUUAACCAGCGAUGAUGAGGACUACGUAGCCCCCGGCACCGAAGAAGAUAAACUAUCGGCACGCUUAUCUAUCGAAUCUUUCUCUGAGCAAGAGUGCAGCAGCGCUGUUGACAACCCUUUAGAAGCCAUGGUGGUCGAAGAGAGGCCCCCACAAGACGACGACAGCGUCGUCAAUAAGCCGGCGGAUCGUCGCCCAACUACUUCAGCUUCUCACCUCCCCACUGAUUAUUCCGAUACAACCGAAUCGGAAGGAGAGAAACAAACGAAAACAAAACCGACCUUUUUCCUAUCCUGGGACAAAUCCUCUCCUUUUUUAUACCCUUCAAGUCCCGAAUAUGACGAUACCGUUCCGGUUUUGCCGAAUGUCAAAUGUGAUACAAACGUGCAGUGCACUUCGACUCACGAAGGUCGUCAAAUAAUGAACGAAAUCAUACCUAUCCACAUAGAUCAAUUAUUUACUCUACUUUUUACCAGUUCAAAAUUCUACUUGGACUUUCACGCUUCUAGAAAAACAACCGAUCUUACUCAAACGCCUUGGACGCAUAAUCCGAGCGAUAAUAGUAAGACUCGUGUUGUUAACUUAACGGUAGCUUUAACUCAGGCCAUGGGGCCCAAAACGGCUCAAGUUACGGAGAGUCAAGUUAUGCUUCCAUGUAGCAAAGCUGGGUGUCUUUAUGCCAUAGAUGUGGAUACAGUAAACGCCGGCAUUCCUUACGCUGAUAGCUUUAAUAUUGUAGUUCAUCACUGUCUUCAGAAAAUUUCCGAAACGGAAAGCUCGUAUCAAGUGUUUGCACAAGUCAUGUAUAAAAAAUCGGUCUGGGGCUUGGUGAAAGGGAUGAUUGAGAAGACGUGUUGGUCGGGAUUGGAGGACUUUUACGUUUCCUUAGCUAAGGCGUUACAUGUGGAGGGCGAGGAAAACGUUUGCGACGUGAAACGCAAGUCGAGGAGGAAACGGAGAAUUCACAGUAUGCCGAGACAGGGUGUCGAGGAUACGAGGCCUUUGAUAGGGGCCACCAACCGAAUUUCGCCAGGAGGCAUUUUUAGUUCAGAUGUCGCCACUAUGAUCGUCUUUACUGUUCUAAUCCUGUUAGUUAUUCUCAAUGUCAUGUUGUAUUUCAAAUUGUGGUCUUUAGAAGAGUCCCCUCCGUACACCCUCUUGGACUUGCAUGUCUUGAAAGAUCCACCCAAAACACACGAUGAAUGGAUUAAAUUACUUCAACAACAGGAAACACUACAUUCGGUCGAGUUGCAAAAGUGGCAACGAGUUUUAAAAACUGCGAUACAACUUUUGAAACAGACCGAAGAGUCGCUAAAUGAACUUCAACGAUCAAUUAAUCCAAGUUAUACGAAUAAGGUCAUGUCGAUUCUGCAGAAUCAUAAGGAUACAGUCGAGCAAAAUGAGAAGAGUGAACUUUAGGAUUGUUAUUGUUUUUGAAAUUUAUUCUACGUCACUACGCACUGUUAGAUUUUUAGUACCUCUAUAGAUUUUAUCGAUUGUUCCUGUACACGUGUAGAUAUUUAAAUAAAUAACAAAAACUGA